UCGUGUGGCAACGACAACCAUAUCCUCCUCUUGUUUACUCUGCUUCAUGCCUGGCCAUGGCUUCUCUACCGUACACCACAAUUCCAAACCCACAACUCUCACUUUCCAAACAGUCUAUUCCAAUUGAACUCCACAAACAGUCUCAAGCCCAUUUUACAAAACUUCAAGAAAAUGCAAAAACCCAUCAAAUCUUGUACCAGUCUUACUUUAGCCACAUGUCCUCUCUGUGCAAACAAGGCCAAAUUCAACAGGCUGUGGACUUGUUCGUUGAAAUGGAACUCAAAAACCUCCAAGUUGGCCCUGAAAUUUACGGCGAGCUCCUUCAGGGGUGUGUCUACGAGCGAGCUCUUCAUACGGGUAAGCAAAUUCACGCUCGGAUUAUAAAGAAAGGUGGCAUCUUUGCCAUAAAUGAGUACAUUGAAACCAAGUUGGUGAUUUUCUAUGCAAAAUGCGAUGUUCCGGAGGCUUCAAAUCGUUUGUUCCGAAGGGUAAGAUUAAAAAACGUUUUUUCGUGGGCUGCUGUUAUUGGAUUGAAUUGUAGGAUGGGUUUCUAUCAAGAGGCUUUGCUAGGUUUUAGGGAAAUGCAAGAAAAUGGAUUGUUGCCUGAUAAUUUUGUUGUUCCAAAUGUAUUGAAGGCUUGUGGUGCUUUAGAGUGGAUUGGGAUUGGGAAAGGGGUUCAUGGGUAUGUGGUGAAGUUGGGUUGUAGCGGGUGUGUCUUUGUUGCUAGUAGUCUUGUGGAUAUGUAUGGAAAAUGUGGGGUUGUAGAAGAUGCAAGGAAGGUUUUUGAUGGUAUGCCUGAAAGAAAUGUAGUCACUUGGAAUUCGGUGAUUGUGGGUUAUGUACAAAAUGGUUUGAAUGAGGAAGCUAUUAAGGUGUUUUAUGAGAUGAGGGAGGCAGGUGUUGAACCCACUCACGUUACGGUAUCGAGCUUACUUUCUGCUUCAGCUAAUUUAGGUGCAUUACAAGAGGGUAAACAUGGACAUGCACUAGCAGUUGUUUGUGGGUUAGAACUAAAUACCAAUUUGGGCAGUUCUCUUAUUAACUUUUAUUCCAAGGUUGGUUUGAUUGAGGAUGCUGAAAUGGUUUUUAGCAAGAUGCUUGAGAAAGAUGUGGUCACAUGGAAUUUGCUCAUAUCUGGGUAUGUGCAAGUGGGGGAGGUUGACAAAGCACUCAAUGUUUGCCGUCUAAUGAGACUUGAAAACUUGAGUUUUGAUUCUGUGACUCUUGCAACCUUAAUGUCUGCUUUUGCAGAUGCACGAAGUUUGAAAUUUGGUAAGGUGGGACAUUGCUAUUGUAUAAGGAACAACCUUGAAUCCGACGUGGUUGUUGUGAGUAGCAUUGUAGACAUGUAUGCCAAAUGUGAGAAAAUCGAUUGUGCAAAACGAGUUUUCAACUCUUCAUUUAUAAGAGAUCUUGUGCUGUGGAACACAAUGCUGGCUGCUUUUGCAGAAUUGGGUCAUAGUGGUGAGGCCUUGAAAAUGUUCUAUCAGAUGCAGCUAGAAAGUGUGCCACCAAAUGUGAUAUCAUGGAACUCUCUGAUUUUAGGAUUUCUGAAAAAUGGCCAAGUCAAUGAGGCUAAAGAUAUGUUUUGGCAGAUGCAGUGCCUUGGAGUCCAGCCUAACCUGGUCACUUGGACUACACUGAUCUCUGGUUUGGCUAAGAGUGGUUUUGGCUAUGAAGCGAUUCUGACAUUCCAGCAGAUGCAGGAAGCUGGAAUUAAACCCAAUGUUGUGAGCAUUAUUGGUGUACUAUUGGCUUGCAUAAAUAUCGCGUCGUUGCAGAAUGGAAGAGCCUUACAUGGGUAUUUGAUAAGGCAUUCCCUCUACACUUCAAUUCCAAUUGCAACCUCUUUAGUGGAUAUGUAUGCUAAAUGUGGUAAUAUCGAUCAAGCAAAGAGGGUGUUCGAUAUGAUUGAACACAUGGAGUUGCCUGUCUAUAAUGCAAUGAUUUCCAGUUAUGCGUUACAUGGUCAAGCUGUGGAAGCUCUUGCACUAUAUCAGGGCUUAAAGGAAGAAGGUGUAAAACCAGAUGAUAUAACCUUUACUAAUGCCUUAUAUGCAUGCAGCCAUGCCAUGAUGGUGAAUGAAGGUUUGGAGCUUUUCUUUGAUAUGGUAUCCAAUCACAAUAUAAAUCCAAGUAUAGAGCAUUAUGGCUGUGUGGUUAAUCUUCUUUCUCGGUGUGGCAAUUUGGAUGAAGCUUUUAGGCUUAUUGGCACGAUGCCAUACAAGCCCGAUGCACAAAUGCUGGGAUCAUUACUUGCUGCUUGUAGAGAACACAAUAAAAUAGAACUGGAGGAGUAUUUAUCCAAUGAACUACUGAAAUUACAACCAGACAAUUCUGGGAACUAUAUAGCAAUGUCGAAUGCAUAUGCAGCUGCAGGAAGAUGGGAUGAGGUAACAAAGGUGAGGCAGUUAAUGAAAGAAAGGGGCUUGAGAAAGAUUCCGGGAUGCAGUUGGAUUCAAAUCGGAGAAGAACUUCAUGUGUUUGUUGCUGGUGACAUAUCACACCCUGAAACUGAAAAAAUCUAUGUGACAUUGGCUUUGUUGGGAAUGGAAAUGUCUUUUCGCUGAUGUGUUCCUUCAAAUCAUACUCGUUAUUUUAUUCUGAUUAAUGAACUUUGCGGUGGUGGUUGCCUAUCUGCUAUGACCCUCAGCCCUUGUCCAGGCUCCAACUGAGCACCCACCUAUGAUGAAUAUAUCCACUUUUGAAUGGAGAGUUCUCAGAGAUGGCCAUGCUUGUAAAAUCUGAAAUAAGACUACGGUGUACGGUGCAAACAAGUCAAGGGCAGUGCCAAAUAAUAAAUUCAUGAAGACCAAGGUUUGACUGGGAAGAAAAGGCUCUGAG